UUGACGUUUGCUCGUGAUUGUUUUGAUCCUUGCCAAGGCGUAAUCUCUCAGAUUAUCACCAGAAAGUGCUAGAAAAUUAUACAGAUAUGUGUAUUUAAGUCCGAUGUGAUGUGAGACAUGAAGAAAUACAAAGCGCUAUGGAGAGCAGAUUCUGUGUUUUGAGCGACACUGAAGAGCUCCAAACGCUGAUUUCAAACACUGAGAACAAUCUCCAUUUCGAAAGGUCCAAGACCCUGUUUGAAGAAAUUCGUGCCUCCAUUAACAACAAUGACGAGGAGGACCGCUCCUUCUGGAGGCCUGUGCUCCCAUGGGGAGGCGUCUUUGCCAUUAAAGCGGGGCGAAAGGCCAUAUCAUGCACACCUCUGUACGUAAAAAUCAACCUAAAAAACACCUGCACCAUCGAUGGCUUCCUCAUGAUCCUGUAUGUGAUCCUGCGGGACAACCAGGGCUUCUCCAGGGAGCUGGCUGUCUUCCUGGGAAAGCAGUUUGUGGACUACUUCCUCUACCUGAUGGACUCCUGUGACUACACCACCGUGAAGAUGCUGUGGAUCUGGGACCGGAUGUCCAAGAGACAGUACCGCUCUGAGAUCCACCAAGCAGCUCUGGAGAUUGACCUGUUUGGGAACGAGCACGAGAACUUCACAGAGAACCUGGAGAACCUCAUGACCACCAUACAGGAGAGUCUGUGCACCAACUGGGGCUGCCCGGCCCGCUUCCAGGAGUUCAGGACCAGCAUCAGCAUCAGCCCUCCUCAUGAGCUGCCUCACAGAGACCCCAUUCAGUCGGCUGUGGACGAGUUUUUCUGCCCUAAACUGCUGCUCUGCUCAGAACUGGGGUGUAACGGUCUGAGAGAGUUCUCUCAGAGGGUUUUCUGCCAUGGUCCGCCACCGUUUGUCAUUCUCAACAUGCAGCAGUGGAAGUCAGAGGAACUGUCCUACGUUCCCUACCAUCUGGAUCUCUGUCAGCACAGGUACUUACUAGAGGGCGCCACACUCUUCAACAAGGAGGAGCAUCACUACUCUGCAGCCUUCCAGAUAGACGGCUGCUGGAUGCACUACGACGGUCUGAGGAGCGACAAUCUGAUCCUGUUACACAAGCCGCCAGAGCUCCUGCUGCUGUCCUCUCUGGUCUACAUCCGUGCCUCCAACAAGUGAACUCAUUCAAUCACAAGAUGAGCACAAGACCAAAGCAUUCAUCUACACUUACUACAGUUAUUUUGUCAUGACUCCACGGAUGGUAUUACUUUACUGUAAUCAAGUUUCUCACAUUAUCGCAUUUUUUUUUCUAAUUCAUUCCUUUCAACUGUUGCCUCCUCAGUUAGCUUUGAGCGCUGAAUGACACACGCUCCAUUUCACCUGAAUGCUUGCAGAAAAGCUUACUGUGCAAAAUGCAAACACCUUCUUUUGUGCUUGGAAUCCAAGAAUAUAAUGGACUAUAAUAGUUCUCGGCUGAUAUGCAUAAUUGACAAUAGGGGUAAGUUAUGCACAUCUUAUGUGUAUACAGUUACCUGACACAAUAAACAGGCCGAUGUGAUGUGUCACUCUUGAGGGUGAAUUUGCUGUAAUGCUGCCAUGAAUAGGAGAGGACACUGACUUUAUGUCAUAUUUCCAUCAAACACAAGUGUAGAAUUUUGGCAGGUUAAUUUACAUGUAUGCAUAUUAGCCCUUUCUUUAUAUUAAACUGGUGCUUUUUUCUAUUUAUACUGUAAUCUGAGAAUGAGAAACAGUUGAACGAAGCCAAGUUUUUUUUUUUGGGUAAGAUGCAUAAAUUGGUGGCAAACACUUAAAAAAAAUGAGUGAAUGUUAAAAUACAAAGUUCUUAAAUUACAUAUCAAGGUUGUGGGCAGUAUGAAAUGUCUCUUGUCUUAAACUUCAAGCUUAAUUAUUUGGCUUCCAGGGUACCGAGCUGGCAACAUGUUAAUGAUGAAUUCAAGCAUUUUAAAGGAAUACUUCACCUGCAAAAUCAACACUUGUAUAUUGAUUACUCACCAUUUGUUAUUUUGAAUUAGUGAGAAAAGUUUGUUUUUCUUGCAUGCCUCCAGGGCAACCGGAGAAUCCAAAAAAGGCAAAUCUUAAUGACCUUUCAUUGGGGGCCACGUUAAACAACAGCAGAGCUUUUUGCUGUUUCCCUACCGUUUGACUUCAAUUAAUGAAGACUUCACCUUUUUUGGAUUCUUCGUUCUCAGUGGAGGCAUGUAAGAAAGACAAACUUUUCUUCACAAAUUCAAGGUUACACAUGGUGAGUGAUUGAUGUACAUGUUGUCAUUUUUGUGGGUGAAAUAUUCUUUUAAAUUCUGCAGUUGCCAACACAAAAAAAUGUGUAUUUACAUGUUGGUUUGUUUUUUUUUAUAUAAAUAGUCUUCAACUUUAAAUAAUUACCACUAUCACAAAGUGCCUCUGCCAAGGACAGUUUGUAAAAGGGAUUCUUUGAUGAUAAUUGUAAAUUGCUGUUUUUCUAUGCAGAAUACAAAUACAGAUAUUUUGGA